AAGCUCUUAUGUUCCACGCGAACUGUGCUUAGCAUCACAUGGGUUUAGAUGGCCAAACUCCUUGCGGCACCAUUGGGGUGGAGAUUUUGCCGGAGGGUGACGUGGAGGGGCUGGCAGUUGGAGAACAUGUUGUUCUGGAGGCUGCAAGCGGUGCUUUGCUCCAAGCUUUGCGACUUGCCGAUUGUUUCUUUGCGAUUCGGUCUGGGCGCGUGCAAACCUUUCAGGUAGCGCGAAAGUUGCCUGCAGCUUCCGUUGUACGCUAUCCGCCCCCCUUCAACCUUGAGUUGGAGGCAGACCGAGCCGCUGUCUUACAUCGCGCCCGCCAGUUUGUUGGGCUGGAUGUGUCCACUGUUGGCCAUUACCUACAAGAAGAUCCAACCAAUGAGGCGUUGCUGACAGAACUCCUUAUCACCUUUUGCGUUACUGGUAUGCACUGGAAUUGGCGCGUAGCAGAAGCUCACAAGGCUGAAAGGCACUUCAAGGCGGCCCAGGGCAGCAGAAACCCAUUUGUGGGAGGGCCAAGGCCAAUCUCAAAUGUUGACGAACUCUCAGGCAAUGAUUCACCUGAAACUGCCAAAACACAAAUGUCGAGCAAGUUGCGGCAGGCAAUCCCAGAACGCGUGCAGGAGAAAGCGGUUUCCACUGCCAUCCAUGUGGGUUGCCGUGGAUCUGCAGCUCGUGCAGCUGGUGCAGCUGCAGCAAUGACAGUUGAGGGCUACGCGCUCUACAAGGAAAUUGGCAAGCAUUGUGAGCAGUUAGAAGAAAAGAACAUCAGCUCCGAUCAAUUUGCAGAACGAAUCUGUGAAAGUACUGUGAGUUCCUCGGGGCGUGCUAUUGGAAGUCUAGCAGGAGCAGCAGUUGGGCAGGCCUCCAUACCGGUGCCUGUAGUGGGAGCUGUUAUAGGUGGAGUUGCAGGAGCUGCUUGCGGUGGCUUCUAUGCAAACAGCUUGGUUCGAGGAGCUUGGAGGCUUUCAGGUGGACCUGCCAAAGGCGGUGAUGGCAUUGUCCGGUGUGUCGAGCACUCUGUCGCAUCAGAGAGUAAAGAGGCAGACCAGAUCCAGGACAAAUGGUCACCUCCCCAUGCUCUACUCUGAAGGGAGUGAGAAUGGGGACUGACCGUCCCUGUCACUGUAGUUAGGUUACGUCAGGUUUCGCCCGCGUCGCAGGGGUGGGCAGGCCAUGUUGUGCACAUUGAUUGCACACGGAUCACACAGGCCAAUUCUCUUCCAAAGGCCUGUAGAUGUGUUUCACAAAUUCGAUCUCAAGCAUCUUGCGGAGAUUCGGCAAACAAUGUAUACCGAUACUGUACAUACUGUACUUACUUGUUUGCAUGUACAGCCCAUAAAUACUCCGCUAGAGUACUGCAGACACGUGACUCAUGACGUAUUUUGGCUCAAGGUGAAAAGGCGUUCCGAAACGUCGAAACCUCGUUUUCAUGGUAGCGAAAGGGUCCGGUGAGAG